AUGGAUGUUCUCAAGCCUCGUUUCAAGACCGCAAGUAACGGCUCACUUCAUAGCACUUACACCUCCUACGGUUCCCAUUUUCCUCCAUCGACAGGCGUUCCAAGGGGACAAUUUCCCCAUCGGAGACGCGCGCUACGAAAUGCCAGCCAUAAUUCGAUAUUGCCCCCGUCUCCAGGGCCGCUCACAAGCAUGCUGAAGACAACCACCGAAACGGGAGAUAUUAGCAUCUUCUCCAUUCAACCGCCGGUGACUCCUGCAGCCUAUCAUCAGUAUCCCAGGGCAAGGCCAGACAUUCUUGAUGGAGCACCUCCCGCAAAGUACACACCCAAGAAGGGUGAGAAUUUCUACUACGCUGAUGACCACAGACAUUUUCGCUCUUACAGAGACACCGCUUCUGAGAUCAUUUCGCUCUAUGGGUAUGACAGUCAACCAUUCUACAUGACGCCAGGCUCUCCAAUGUUCGAUGACAUCAGUCAUCGAUCUUAUUCCAUCACAACGAAUAGCUCGCGUCAGCUUCCUUCCCAGAAAUCUUCGGGGACUUUGCAGAGUCAAUCCAGCCGGAGUGGGCUGCAACGACCACGUUCACCAUUUCCAUAUCCAACACGGCUCAAGAGGCCAGGGGUGCGACCUGCGUCUCCUGCGGUAGCUGAAAAUGGCUGUAUUGAUUACAACCGAAUGAUUGAGCUUGAUCGUGUCUCGCAGAGAACUGUUCAUGGGUCUUACAAGUCAACAUGUAACAACUGGGUACGAAGGCCGCCUCCUCUGUCUCUCCGGUCCGACUUCAAUCGGUCCACUGCAUCGUUGCCCUCAAGAGCAUCCCCCGGCCCAUACUAUCCAGGGCACAUGCCUCACAGGUCGCGGACCCCGGGCUCAUCGCAAUCUGGAACAAGCAGACAUGGACGAUUUGAACGACAUGCAAGAAUGCCUGUUGACAGGUGUGGGAGAUCUCCUAGUCUAACAUCCAUUGUUGACAUGUACCGAAGACCUAGCACUGCCAAGGUUUCAAGACAGCCACCACAAAUGGCCGGCUCGUUCUACUAUGACUACAGCGAGGACUUUGACAGACCGGCCGAAUUUCACCACGAAAUCAGAGGACAGAUUUCGAUGGAACUCCUGGCUGUUCAACACGACGACGGUCAAAACUAUGAUGAGUUGGCGGUGGAAUCAAAGCCUGACGGACCUGUUCCGCAAGAUGCGGCCACCGACAACCCUAUUCCCCAUCCCUGCCCAGGUCUUGAAUGCUGCGCAGAAAAUGAAGGGCAGCUGGAGCCAGGCCAAAAAGUGGAAGAAGUGACAAGGUCUAGCGAAGCCGACGACACAGAGCUGAGCAAUCUCAUCGCUGCGCGAAGCCUAUCUCAGUCUGCUCCCGCAGACCCUGAACCAGCAAAGAGCGCUAAAGGCCAGCUUCCGGGAGAUGAGAAUAACAUGAGUGUCAAUAGGGCAAGAGUUUCCAAAUCAGAUACAUGCCAGUCGCCGAGGGCCGAGGGAGACUGGCCGAAGUCUGACUGCCAUGCAAGUACAAUAGGUGCUCAACAGGGAUCGGACAAGGCACGGUCCUCCCUUGACCCAACAUUGCCUGAUUUUGCGUCUAUAUUCUCAUCAUUUGACUUGCUAGGCAGGUCUCCGUGCUUCAGGGCGGCAGACAUUUCUGCUCGGAAACUUUCGGGUGACAGUGACGCUGACAGUGUUGCUUCGUCAAACCAUGACCUGGACAACCUGAGACAUCGUCGCAACGUAGCUGCUGUGAGAAUCAGUACUACCGACCUCAAUGAUAAAACUAGACAUGUCGGAGACGGGUCCGUGCAUGAACAAGAGUUGGACAUCCUAUCUCCAGAGCCAAUAUCUCCUGCUCGUGAACUCAAGGUAAAAAACAGCAUCCCGCAGCUCAUGAAAGCUCUUCCGCCGUUGCCUCCAGGAGUGCCAAGCGGGAGAAGUCACAAUAAGCACUCUUUCCGGAGAUGGGACGACCAGCUGUUUGAUCAACGUUCAGGUGACUGUCCUAGACCUCAUGGCAUCGUCCAAGAGAACGACGAAGUGCACUUAGCCGACAUGAUGCCAUCUGGGUUGAAACAACAACCGCAGUCAGUCAAGAAUAGCAGUCCUUCAAAGUUUAAAGUUCGAAUCAAGCCGUCAUGUUCACCAAUUAUUGGCAGUGGCGACGCCAAUCGUGCCGAUACCAAAGGAGAUGUACAUGAAUGGCCACACCCAUCAACUUCACAAGCAAAGCCGAGACUAAAACUCAAACUCUCACGAAGCCAGAUUGGCCAAGGGCGGCCGACCACAGGAGAACCUUGCAACAGGGUCAAUCGGUUGAAGCAAUGCAAUUCGUUGGCGGAUUUGGCCUUGUACUCCAACGUGGGAACCAAGAUUGGGCAGCGCUCUGCAAACGAAGAAAAGGCCAGAGUCAAUACACAGUCUGAGGGCUGUGUCCAUUCUAUUUUCGAGGCUCAGCAUGGUCAAAAUAGCACAGGAGACAAGUCGCCUCAACCGUCUGAUCCCUUCAGUAUACCCUACCCGCCCUCACCAGAGGACAAGUUGAGCAAGAAACGGUCCCUAUCGUCUUCAAACAAAGACACCCUCGUUCAGAGGCCAAGUUUCAGUUCGGACAGGAAGCCCGUUCAAGAGAAUGGCUUGCGCAAAAAGAUGUCCAUGUUUCGAAUGCGAAUUGCAGAGUCACUGACGGCCAGACCUUACAGAAAAUGCAAGAAGAUUCGGGACUUGGAGCAGAGUGACAGUCACAUUUCAAUUAAUAUGACGCUGAAAGGUUCCGAGAAAAAUCUCAAAAACAUUGAUAAGGACACACCCCGAUCCAGCAGCAAUAAUAGGUCCGAUUGGGUGACGGACCGUGUCAAGCGCUGGGCUAUGGAUGCCAGACGGGCUCUACGAUCUUAUGUUAGACGCACUUUGGAUGGAUCAUCGCGAUGGAGUGAAUGA